CAUGCUGAAAUUGCGGAAAGAGAAAGUCAAAAUGCAGCGGAGAACAACCAAAAUGCGAGAGAUACUUUCGUCAUGGACUCGGUGCGUGUACCUCCGAGUUAUAAUAUUGACAAGAUGGUUCUGUGA